AUGGAGGCCGAGGUGGUCUACCUGUGCAAACGGACAGCCGUCAGCAGCCUGUCGAUGUGGCCGGGGGAGUUGCGCCGACUCUCUGUCCUCGAUUGCACCAUGGAGCCCUACAGCCUCCGCGCCGUGUAUUACUACCCGCGCUGCCCUCCAACGGCCGGCACAAUCAGCAAGCUGAAGGAAUCCCUCGCGGAGCUGCUCAACACCUACCGGCCGGUGGCCGGGAGGCUGCACCGGACGGCGGAGGGGCGGUGGGCCAUCAAGUGCAAUGAAGCGGGGGUGAGGAUGGUGGAAGCGACGGCGAAGGGGAGCGUGGAGGAGUGGCUGCAGAAGGUGGAGAGGGCUCAGGAGAUGAAACUCAUCUUCUGGGAGGACAUGUACCGCCGCUCCGACUUCUGGUCCACUUUCUACAUUCAGGUGAACCACAUGAAACGACGACUGUAGAGUCUCAAACAGAGUUGUUCAACUUCUUCAUACAAUGCGUUAGAACUGCCACAAUAUUGGGGACUAGAAAAAUAAUCCUGAUGCUCAAAAUUAUGGCAGCUGACGCAGUUCGAACGGGGUGGGCUGGCGAUCGGCAUCAGCUGCGCCCACAUGCAGGCGGACGCCGCAUGCCUGUCCGCGCUGGUGACGGCAUGGGCAGACAUGAACCUCCUGGGCAAGAUGCUCUCACCGCCGUGCUUCCACCCGCUGCCUCCCCCAAGAGUCGGCGGCUCACCGACCCGCCAACACUCGCCGAGCCGCCCCCUGGUCGACCACUACGCGUCGUCAAUGGAAUCGGAGAUCCACGAGACGGGGAGGUUCGCCACAGCGACGUUCGCCUUCUCGGACGAGACGGUGAAAUCCAUCCUCGCAGAGGCCCAGGUUGCGGGCGACAGCACCACCUCCCCCAGAGUCUUCGCCGCUCUCGCCGCGCUCUUCUGGGCGGCAGUCAGCAGAGCGAAGGGGAAGGAUCACGGGCUCGUCGACAUGGCCGUGUGCAUGGACGCGCGCGAGGUGCUGAACCUGAGCAAGAGCUUCUUCGGGAACGCCAUGGUCUUCGCCGGAGUCCGCGGUGGAGAGAUCGGAGGGGGCAGGCUCGAGGCGGCUGCGAAAGCCAUAGCCGAUGCCACGAAGGCGAUCGAUUACGAAGGGGUCACGGACCUGAUGGAGUGGCUGGACAGCAGGACUUCCGAAGAAGAAACGGGUGGGCCUGCGCUGAUGCUGUGCAGCAGACGGCUACUGUGCGCCAACUGGGAGGGCCUGGACCCACACUUGGCGACGUUCGAACAAGGCGUGGGGCCCAUCCACGUCUCGUACUACCUGGAACCGGUGACCGGGGAGGGACAGAUCCUGGUACUUCCGUCACCUCGGGGGGAGAAGACUCUCGGCCGGGUAGUCGCUGUGACCCUGCCGGAGGCCCAGCUGGGGCGGCUGCGCGUAGACGGGCACAUACUUGGUUACCAAACCAAAACCCACCCUAAUGACCCCGAGCAGGGCCAACAUUUAAAGGCCGACGCUCGUACAUGA